AUGGCACGUGUCCCUACGACCGCGCUCGUUGAGCAAGAGGCCCUCUCGCAGGAGGAAGCGGAGGAGCAGCAGCAGCCCACGGGCCUGCCGCUGCAGAUGAGGACUGCGGCGUGCAGCUAUCCGCUGGUGGUCGUCUCUUGCUACACCCGCUUCGACAACUUGGCCCACGGGCCUCGCGGGACGGAAGCCAAGCGGAGCCUCUACACCUUUCGGCUUGACCCGAGCGACGGCCAGAUGUUGAUGCUCUCGGUGUCGAGCGACGUGACGAUGAACCCAGCCUUCUCGCGCUUCCACCCGACCAGAAACGUGCUCUACACUUGCACCGAGUCCGUCGCCGAGAACGGUAUCAUCGACGCCUGGAGCAUAUCGCCACAAGACAGGGGCAAGCUCACCAAGAUCUCCAGUAUCAGCGCGGAGGGCACGUCGACGUGCUACCUGACUCUCGACAAAGCGUGCGAGAACAUGCUUGUGGUGAACUAUUGGAAUGCCACGAUCGGCGUGUUCGGCAUCGACCGGCGGACCGGGGGCCUCACUGGGCUCCGGUCGCUUUACGACCCCAACGAGGGCAAGCCCAUGAAGGCACGCCACGAUAAUCACGUGAACCAUUCUGUCAACGACGAGGGUGCCCAGAAGGAGCGUCAGGCCGAUCCGCACUCUCACGCGGUCAUCUUGGACCCUGUCUUCGGCAAGAUCGCAUACGUCCCAGACCUGGGUAUGGACCUGAUUCGCCAGUUCAAGUACGACAAGGCGACGCUCGAGCCGGCUGGGUCCAUGCCGUCUGGUCCUCCCGGACGCACCGCCCUCGGCCCGCGCUAUUUGGAGUUCCACCCGAGCUUGCCUUUCGUCUACGUCGUCAACGAGCUCUCCUCGGAGGUGUCUGUCUUCGAGUUCGACUCGCAGGCCGCAGAGGACCUCAUCACUGGCAGGGUAGAAGCCAAAGAUGCUCGCCCCACGCUGAGGCUGAAGCAGACGAUCGGCACUGUCCCCGACGCCUGGCCCAAGGAGUGCAACACUUGCGGCCGCAUUUGCGUGCACCCCGCGGGCAAUUUCGUGCUCGUCUCCAACCGGGGCCACGACAGCAUUACUGUCUUCCGGGUACACCACGAGCGAGCGUGCCGCGGCAUGCUGUCCUUGGUCGACGCCCAGCACACCCGCGGCGCCACGCCGCGCCACUUCCAGUUCGACGCCUCUGGGCAGUGGCUGAUCACCGCGAACCAGGACUCCGACAGCAUCGGCGUUUUCCGCUUCAACCUGGCCACCGGCAAGCUGGACUGGACCGGCCACGAGUACAGGGUGCCGUCCCCGAACUUUGUCUGCUCCGUCCAGCCCCACGCGGAAUCUCUGCGCAGGGCGCACACGGAGUCCUCCCGCUCCCGGUCCAGGUCGCGCUCGUCGGGCUCGCCCGGCUGGCUCUGA